UCAACAGUUUCACGGAACAGUGCUUGUGAAUAGUCGUUCGGCGAGUUUCGCGUCAGUUUACUAUUAUAGUGAAUGGUGUUCCUGCGUUAGUGUGCGUGAUUUGGUUGUUUAGUUUCUGUGCACUAAACUGGUGAUCUGUUUUUCUUGCCUGUGAAAAUUUCGUUACCUGCAAAAUGCCGUAUCGUUGUUGUGUGCCGAAUUGUAGAGGAAAUUACGACGGUGGACCAAAAGUAACCGUGUUUAAAUUUCCGGAGGAUGAAGCAACGAGGAAGAAAUGGUUGUCAAGUAUUCGCAGAGAUAACUUCACUCCUUCUUCAAGUUCAAGAGUAUGUCAUGUUCACUUCCACAAGGAUGAUGUUAUUUGGGAAACACUAAUUGUGGAUGAAAGGACUGGUCAGUUAUUAAGAGCCCCCCUUCUCAAACCACGUUUGAGACCAGAUGCAGUUCCAUCACUACUCCCAAACUGUCCUUCCUACCUUUCAAAGGAAGAAAGUAGACGUGAAGGGCCAGAGGAGAAAAAGCAAAGGCUUGAAAAUGAGCAGUUAGCUGCAGCGUUACAAUAUAGUUUAGCAUUACAGAAGGACUAUGAAAACACUUUCAGCUUCAGUUCUUUAGAAGAGUUGAUGUUGCGUACGAAGGAAGUGGAUUUGCCCAACGAGUGGAGUGUGAUCGAAAAACACAGUGAUUUUGUUUGUUUUUUAAAGAUAAUAAGAAAUCCAGCACCAUUAAUCACACAUUCUGUCGUUAUAGAUAGUAAUUUAAAUGUUUCAUUGUUUAAGAAAGAUGUACAAAUUAAGACAUUAGGAAAAAGAUCUUUUCCUGUAAUUGUAACCAAUAUCCAUGAAAUUCAGUGUACUGCAGGAGUUUUCAGGCACAGAUUGUGGGCACUCAGAAAUUUCUAUAGAUAG